AGGUAAAAGUCUCAAAUCUCAAUGUCGAACAUGGUCAAGUGGUCGGAGCUAAACGCUGACGUUCUGCAAUCAAUCCUUGAACGUUUGAGCAUCAUUAAUUAUCUAAAAGCUCGAUCCGUUUGCAAGAAUUGGCGCGUAGUUUGCAAACAAAUCUCUUCAAUACAAGACAAGUUUCCAUGGAUAAUAAUCUUUCCUCGUCGAAGACCAAAGAGCUCUACAUGUCAAGUGUUCAAUCCCCAAGAAGGUAAACUUUACACACUGAGAAACCUUGGCAAUGACUUCUCCACACACCAGUGUAUAGCAACUUCUGGAAGCUGGCUUUUAAUGUUAGACCUACGAUCAAAUCUAUACGUUUUGAAUGUUUUCACACGUGAGAGAAUCGAUCUACCACCAUUAGAGUCACACCAAGGGAGGCUACAAGUUAAUAGAUUACAAAACAACACAUUCACCUUCAUGAUCAAUCAAUCAUCAGCACCGGGAAGAAACGUUCUAAACAGGACAAAAGCGGUUUUAUGGGUCGACGAGAAAACCAAAGGUUACUUAGUCGUCUGGUCGAUAGGUCUAUCUUAUAUAAUGUAUACUAAGAAUGGAAUCGAUUUCUGGAGAGAGAUACCUAUAAAAGAAGGCCCUGAGAAUCUUCAUGGAUGUCAAGAUAUUGUCUACAAAGACAACAAUCUUUACAUUUUGACAGGUCUAAACCGAAUCAGAAUCUUGGAUUGCUCACAAGAACUCCCUAGAGCGUUAGUAGACAACGUUGAUGAUGAUCCAUUUAGGGAUGAUCAAAGAAGGCGAGGUAAGAUCGGUGUUACUGUCUCUGGAGAGGUUUUGAUAGUUAAGAACCGGUUAAAGCAGGUUUUCAACAUUUUAAAGAUGAAUUCAGAUGGGACAAGUUGGGAUGAGGUGGAGUCAUUAGGGGAAGAGUCUUGGAUCACUGAUCUUGGUGUGACUGUACCAGGAGUUGAUGGGAGUAGACCAAACUCGAUUUAUUACAGAGAUAGGUCUCUUUAUUGUGGAGAUCUUUCGGUUCAAGUGUUGGAGAUGAUCCUAGAGGUUGACAAGAAUGGUCACGCGAGAUGGUUUAUUCCUAGUCUUCGUGAGUUGUAAUUAGAUCAAAUUAUGUUUUUGUGUUGCUUUUUUCGAAUUAUUGUGAAACUAUCUUUGAAAAAACUAUUCAGUUUGCAAGUGUUGCAAGAAUUCUUAAAGAAAAGUGUGCCGAGGAAUGAUAGUCCCUGAUAUACACUUUGAAACGCUCCCAGUCGCUAAAAAUAUUCAAUUUGACCUUGUCGAAAUUUUGAGAUCGUGUUCCUCAGCUGGUAACAUUCUUUUCUUGAGCUCUACGGACUAGCACCAAGUUUGCUGGUAUUUAGGGAGAGUUCAGGUUCUCAAAGACAACUGUUUUGUUGGUAAACGAGAGAAAGGAGAUUUCAUCGUCGCUUGGGUUGUCAAACAAGUAUAAUAAAUCUUCUUAUACUAGAAAGUAGCAAACUAUAGUGAUGGUGAUACAUUUUAUUCAAAGGUUGUUUUUUCUUUCAAAAAAAAAAAUAGUGAUGGUGAUAGCGAUGGAGUUUUACAUGCAGAUAGUGUGAAGACAUGGCUUUAUGUCUAUACCUCUGAUCAGUGACGGAGCCAAAUAAAAAUUAUCCCGCAAACAGAAAAAUAUCAAUCUAGAGGUUGGUCCAAACUUUUUAUCCUGGAAACAGAAAAA